AUGUCGGCCAAAAAGAGUGAGCCGCCGCCUCAGGAUUCGCUUGCCACGCCCCAAAAAGCCACCUUUUUCCGUUUGGGCCACAAAAACCACUCGCAAUGGACUGCCCUGGGAUCCGCAUCCUUCGUCCUGAUCUCGGGCGGAAUGAGUUUGGCCUGGGGAGCAGGAUUCGCAGUUCACUCCGCCCAUCGGGAUCAGCUCCUGCUCACCGUGCACAUGCAAAUCUCCUGGUAUGCCACCGCCAUCCUGGGAGCUCUCUUUGGUGCUUUUUUCACCCACCGACUGCCUCAGCAACCCAUUUAUAUCUUUGGUUCCUGCUUGGUGAUUGCCUCCGGAAUCCUAUUCUUGGCUUGGCCUGAGUGUCCUGGUUCCAUUAUAGCCGCCCGAUAUCUGGACGGAUUGGCCAAUGGACUGAUUUUUGUGCCCGCCAUGAGCACAGUGGGUGAGAUUGCGGUGAGUGAGAUGCGAGGUCUUCUGGCAUCCACGGUGGAGCAACUCAGCUCGAAUACCGGCAUCCUGAUGCAGCUGAUCUACACGGCCGUUUGGCAGGUGGACUGGGACGUGGUCAUUGUGGCGGACCAGGUGCACGGAGUGCUGUCAAUAGUCUACGGAGUGAUAGCCUUGGCCCUAGCCCUAACCCUUUGUGUGGAGUCACCAGUGCACCUGCUGAUGCGAUCCAAUGAACAAAGGGCGGUGGUUUCCCUGAGACACCUGCAACGACCCUAUAUGGUGACCAGUGAAACGCUCCUCAGAUUGGAUGAGCACAAACUGUAUGUGGCUGACAAUCGGGAGAUGUGUGUGUGGUUAAGUCUGCAGAAAGGAUUUCCAGCGCUUCUCAAACUGCUGGCCCUUCGAUUGUUGGGAGUCCUGUGCCUGAACUAUAUCCUCUGCUGUGCCCUCUAUGAAACUGCCAGCCAAUUGGUGAGUUGCUUUCAUGCCUGGACCUAUGUGAUUUUCGGGGUAUUGCGGUGGUGCGGCUGCUUUUUUGUGGUGGUCCUCAUGGACACCACUGGUCGCAAGAAACCCACUCUCUUUGGGACCUUUUCCACGGGAGCCUUUGCCAUCGCAUUUGCCAAUCUAUUUGGAAGAACUCCUCACAUGAUCACCGCUCUGGUGAUGCUCUUCAGUCUGCAAUUCUUCGCGGGAUUGGGACAAUGUGCCUCGGCGGUUUACCUCACAGAAGCAUUUCCCCUGGGAAUUAAACCACAUUUGGUGGCAGCGGUUUACAUAAUGGAACUCAUCACUCGACUGCUCCUCUGCAGCUUUGCACCUUCGAUCGCUGGGAUUACGGCGUACUUUCAUGUCCUGGGCUCACUUUCCAUGGUUUUCUUUCUUCUGGGAAUCUUCUGUCUGUCGGAAACGAGGCUAAUAACUUUGGCAGAGGCGCAGCUCAAAUUUACCAAAUGGUUCAACAAAGAUUUUUAAGUAUAUGGGUGCGGGGGUAAUAAUUAUUUAUGUGAAUCAGCACGAUGAUAACGUAGUUUAUUGAGCCAAUACGUUGUUAUUCCGAUCCGGUGAUAAAUUCAUAAUAAUUAAGGGGCUAUCCCCUUUUUAACCAUAGACCAAAUCUUAUCGAAAACAAAACGUAGUAAAAGCAAAAACAUUUCUUAGGUCGAUGCUUGAAAUACCGUGGAAAUAAUUAUACUUUGUUGAAAAUUUAGAAAUAUAUUUAAAUUUUA